AGGACCCUUCAAAGUGCCUCUCAUGGCUCUGCAGUUGCUAGAUUUCUGUCUCAGCAUCCUGACCCUCUGCAGCUCCUACAUGGAAGUCCCUACAUAUCUCAACUUUAAGUCCAUGAACCACAUGAAUUAUCUCCCAAGUCGAGAGGGCCUGACUCAAGACCAGUUUGUCAAGUUGAUGAUUGGAUUCUCCAUUGCCUUCAUCAUGGUCCUCAUCUUGAAGGUCUACAUGUUCAAGUGUGUUUGGAGGUGCUACAAGUAUAUUAAAUCUCUAAAUCGGGCUGAGGAAAAAGUCAACACCAAGAUCUUGCAGAAGAUUCUUCUGCCGACCUAUGAGGAAGCCGUGGCCCUGCCAUCCAAGGAGCUGGCCCCACCUCCUUACUCAGCCGUGUGAGCUGCAGCAUCCCUCCUCCCUGGCGGCCAAUGGGAGGAGAGCAGAGUUGCUACAGAUGCUUCUUUUUGCUUUAAGUGGCCCCCAUGACUAUCCGGCUUCCUUCCAGACGUGUUUCUGUUUUGUUUUGUUUUUAACAACCCUAGUAGAGCUCUGGUCUUUUUCACCCCUUUAGGGCCUGUUAGUGAUAUUCCUAAGUGGGGUGAUCUGUUCCGACUGAUACUAGAGCUAAAAGGGGAACCGUACAUAACCUUUUAGUCCAAACCCGCUCCUUUUUCAGAUGAGAAAUCUCCGGUCCAGAAAAGGAAAGUGACUUGCUCAAGGUUGAACAGGUAGUAAGUGGCAGGGCUGGUAUCUGAACCCAGAUUCCUGACUCUACGUCCAACAUUCCUUCUACACACCUUGCUGCCUUCUAAUUGGAUCCAUCACUCAAUUGUAUCAAAUAAGGGGAUGGAUGGGUUUGGCCCCACGAAUGGUUAAUUCAGUCAGUUUUCAAUGCAGCCACAGUGUAGUCAAUGGACAGCCACCCCAGCCCUAGAAUUCAUCAGACGUCCUGCUGCUUGACUGAAUGUAUGUAUGGGUCCAUGUCUUCACCACAGUUGUACUGUUAUGGGGUCUGGAAGGCUCUGGACCAGAAGCAUCAUCUUGAAUGAGUGCCUUGAUGGCUAUUGUUUCUUGGAGAGGCUAUAGAGGUUUUUAGACUGAGAAGUGGCCUCUCUGAUGGAGACUGAGAGGUGGGCUUUGUAUGAGCAGUCAAGGUGAGCUGGGCAUAGGGAAAAAGACUUGGUGUACCAGGCUUCUGGGCCUGGCAAAGUUGCUUUCCAUAUGUAACAAGGAAGGGCUUUAUUAAAAUUGCAUUAAAGCUUUCUCCAUGAUUGAC